AUGAGCUCCUUCGAUCCACAAGCGCACUCUCCACCACGCUGCAGCCCCCAAUUUCCAAAUAUUGGUCAAGAACCUCCAGAGAUGAACAUCUACUAUGAGAACUUUUUCCACCCACAGAAUAUCCCAAGCCCACAACGACCAACCACCUUUGAGACGACGGACUACAACACCACUCCCAAUCCUUACCUCUGGCUAAAUGGACCUUCCAUUACCCCCCCACCGUACCUCCCAGGAUCCAAUGCCAAUCCCUUCAUUCCUCAGUCCUAUGGGAUGCAAAGGCAGCUUUUGCCUAACAUGCAUGGCUUGGGAGGACCUGAGCUUGGCUGGCUUCCUCUCCCAUCGCAGGAAGAGCUGAUGAAGUUGGUUAGACCACCUUACUCCUACUCUGCGUUAAUCGCCAUGGCUAUCCAUGGGGCACCUGAGAAGAGGCUGACUCUCAGUCAGAUCUACCAGUACGUGGCCGACAACUUCCCGUUCUAUAACAAAAGCAAAGCUGGAUGGCAGAACUCCAUACGGCACAACUUGUCACUCAAUGAUUGUUUCAAGAAGGUGCCACGAGAUGAAGAUGACCCAGGAAAAGGGAAUUACUGGACUCUGGACCCAAACUGUGAGAAGAUGUUUGACAAUGGAAACUUUCGCAGAAAGAGGAAGAGGAAAUCUGAUGUUGGGAACAGUGCUGCUUCUCUUGCAUCUGAGAAAUCUGAGGAUAGUGGUCUGACUGGCAGCCCCAAAGCUAUAGAGCAUCCAGAUAUCUUGGAGAACUCACCACCUGGGACUGACAAUUCACCUGAGAAGCGAUCACCCCCUCCGUCCUCCAGCAGUCCCUGCCUCAGUAACUUCCUCUCCAGUAUGACUGCAUACGUUAACGGCUCUAACUCAGUGAGUCGAUCGGUGCCUUUGGGACUCAACACUGAACCCAUUGACAAAAUGGGACAGAACAUGGUAGGCUUCAAUACUUAUUCUCCGCUCUCUAAUAUCCCCAGCCAUGCUGUGGGAGAGUGGUCCAAUUCCAUGCCCUCCAGCCAUCUGGGCUAUAGCAACUCAGUGCUCAACCAGUUUAACACACAUUUUUACAGCAGUAUCAGUACAAAUAACACCCUGUAUAAUAGGGAGGGGACAGAGGUUUAA